AUGUCAGUGAUGGCUAGCAGGCCGUCUGCAGCCUUCCGGGCUCUGGCCAGCGCAGCACGCAGCGGCCCCGCCCACGGAGGAGGUGUUUGGCAAGCGGGCGGCGUGCUGCCGUGCGCAAGGCGCGCCCUGCACACAACGCCGCGGGCCGCGGCGGUCGACGAGGCCCCAAAUGCUGCUGCCGCCGCAGCGGACGCCGCACCUGCCGCACCCCGCGUGUGCAUUGUGGGCGGAGGGUUUGGCGGCCUUUACACUGCCGUCAAGCUCGAGACGCUGAUAUGGCCCAAGGGCAAGAAGCCGCGGGUCACGCUCAUCGACCAGGGGGAGCGCUUUGUGUUUAAGCCGCUGCUGUAUGAGCUGCUGAACGGCACGGCCCAGCCCUGGGAGGUUGCACCCACCUUCACGCAGCUGCUCGCCCCCUACCCCGUGCAGUUCAUACAGGCGAGCACGCGCUUUGCCAAGGUCGCCGGCGUCGAGACAGACGGCCCCCUCGCCGACGGCGGCAGCGCGUCCGGCGGCCGCGUGCUGCUCGAGGGCGGCGCCGCCGUCGAGUAUGACUGGCUCGUGGUGGCCCUGGGCGCAGAGACCGACCCUAAAGGCGUCCCCGGCGCCAAGGAGCUCGCGCGGCCCUUUGCGACGCUGGAGGACGCCACGUUUGUCGGCGAGCGGCUCGCCGAGCUUGAGACCGCUGCCGCGGCCGGCGGCGUCGGCGGCGCCGCGGGCGGCGCUGCGCCACGGUCGCCGGUGGUGGCGGUCGUCGGGGCGGGGUACGCGGGCGUCGAGCUGGCCUCUGUGAUCGGGGAGCGCGUGCAGGGGCGCGGCGUCGCGGUCAAGAUGGUGACGCCGGGUGACGUCAUCCUGGCGGGCUCGCCGGAGGGGCAGCGCGAGGCGGCGCGCAAGGUCCUGGAUGACCUGGGUGUUGAGGUCGUCACAGGGGCCAUGGUGGGCAGCUUGAGCCGCGCGGACGACGGCGGGAGCGGCGUCGACGGCGGCGGCGGCGGCGCCGGCGCGGGCGCGGACUCGGGGCGGGGGAGGUGCGUUUUGAACUUGGAGGGUGGCGGCGGCGGCGGGUGGCAGUUGGAGGCGGACCUGGUGAUCUGGACCGCGGGGUCGUCGCCCGCAUCUAAGUUUGUGAAGGUGCGGGGCGCGCGCAAUCUGGCCGCGGGCGCGGGCACGGGCGGGGGCGCCAACGCGUGGGGGCCGUCCCUCUCGCUCCCCUUCCCCUCAUCACCCACCGGCGCCAUCGAGACCGACCCGACGCUCCGCGUCCGCAAGCACGCGCGCGCGUUCGCGCUCGGCGACGUCUCUUUCACCAGCGCGAGCGCGGCCGCGGCGGCGGAGGGCGACGAGCAGCAGCAACAGCAGCAGCAGCAGCAGCAGCAGGCGGCGGCGGCGUACCCCAACACGGCGCAGGUCGCGUUCCAGCAGGCGGACUACGCGGCCUGGAACGUCUGGGCGGCGAUCAACGGGCGGCCGCUGCUGCCCUUCAGGUACCAGCACCUGGGCAGCAUGAUGUCACUGGGCGCGGCCAACGCGGCCGUGGCGCUGCCCGUUGAGCUUCCAGAGGCGGUCGCGGCCACCCUGAAGGGCAGCCCGCUGGAGAGCCUGCUGGGCCUGGCCGGCGUGCGGGCGGGCGCGCGGGGCGGAGUGACGCUGGACGGGCCGCUGGCGCAGCUGCUGAGGCGGGCGGCGUACCUGUACCGGCAGCCGACCAAUGAGCAGCGGCUUAGCGUGGCGGCAAGCUGGGUGCAGCAGGCGGCUGAUGUGGCGGCGCGGCUGGCGCAGCAGCUGGCUGACCAGCAGCAGGGGCCGGCGGGCGUGGGUAGCAGCAGUGACGCGCGCCGAUGA